AACGUUAAACACACUACAGAGGCAGAGGAGCAACAAACAAAAUGUCUGGCUCCAUUUUGGAAAAGGCCACCUCUGCUCUCGGUGAAGUCGCCAAAACCGAUGUCUUAAAGGAUGCAGUGGACAAUGUUGUCUCAAGAGGCAUAGAUGGAGCCAAAUCUCUGCUGCACAAUUUGGAGGAGAAUAAAGGUCAAGUCUCGUCCAAGAUCGUCGGAGCUGUUUCACAGUUUGCCGGUGGUAGCGCCGACUCCUCAGCCACCACAACCGCAGACCGUGACUUACCCAUGUCCACAGACAAUCAGCCACUCCUAGGGGCCGGUGAGACGGCAACGCCAUGGUGGAAGAGCUGUUGUGAAAUACUAGAACUUCUCAAGGCAUCCUCAUCAUCUAACUAGAUGAAGAUCAGCCUUCCAUGUGAAGUAAACAGAGAAGAUAUCCCACCAAGUUUUUUAAGUUAUGUUUUAUAUAUCCUUUCUUUCAAUUCCUCUGGCUUAACCCUCUGGUUAUUUUUUCAAUCUCUUUUGAUUGUUGCUGAGAAUAUUUGUAUAGAAAGAUGUAAGCAAACACAUAAUAUAAAGAAAAGACUCCUAAGUUGUGUGAAA